AGUUCCUCUCUGCUCACGUCUGAAGCAGGAGCUGCUCCUGGCCUGACAGCCAGCUGAAGGGCCCAGCAGUGGGGCCAGUGGAGCCGAUCUCCGUGGGGGCUGGGCAGGAAGUGGGGUGGAGUCUGGGACCUGCCAGCGGAGGUGGGAUCUGGUACCCCAAGACUGCCACAACCCAGACGAACCAACCCACUGGGAGAACAUGCCUGGGGGUCCCAGAGUCCUGCGAGCCCCACCUGGCACACUCUUCCUCCUCAUGAUCUCUGCUGCUGGCCUGGGGCCAGGGGGCCAGACCCUGUGGGUGGACUCGGGCCCGCCGUCAGUGACAGUGUUCGUGGGGGAGGAGGCCCGCCUCCCCUGCGUGCACAAGAGCAGCCUCCCCCAAAGCAGACCUAAUGUCACGUGGUGGCGGAUCCUUGAAGGGAACUUCACGUGGCCCCCUCAGCACUACAACUUGGGCGAGGUCAAUAUGGGUGAGCUGACCAUCCCAUCGGUGAACAAGAGCCACAGAGGCCUAUACAGGUGCCAUGUUCAGGAAAACGAAACGGAAAUGCGCUCCUGUGGCACCUACCUCCGUGUGCGUGAGCCUACCCCCAGACCCUUCCUGGACAUGGCGGAGGGCACCAAGAACAACAUCAUCACAGCUGAGGGGAUCAUCCUGCUGUUCUGCGCUGUGGUGCCAGGGACACUGCUGCUGUUCAGGAAACGGUGGCAGAAUGUGAAGUUCGGGGUGGACCCCAGAGAUGACUAUGAAGAUGAAAAUCUUUAUGAGGGCCUGAACCUUGAUGACUGCUCCAUGUACGAGGACAUCUCCCGGGGCCUCCAGGGCACCUACCAGGACGUGGGCAGCCUCCACAUCGGAGACGUCCAGCUGGAGAAGCCAUGACUGUGACCAGCCAGCUAGGCUGCCCCUCCCUGCUGUGCUCCCGGCUCCAGUGUCUCCCUUUCUCCCUGGCACCAGCUCUUUUCACAAUCAUUCCUGGGAGUGUCCUGCAUCAACUUCCCCCUUGGGAGUGUCCAUGCUUCCUCCGUCUAGACUGCCCUCAUCCCUUCCACACACCCUAACUCAGUCCUCUCUCUGCUGCCCUUCCAGGCUCCCACCCACUCACCCACCCAGCUGGUAAUGAGCCCUUAAUCACUGCCUCUAGGGGACUGAUUGUAGCAGCCUCAGUGUCACCUCCCCCCUCCCUGCUCUGUCAUGGCCACUUAGCAAUAAUAAAUGCUUCCCAACUA